GGUUAGUUUUUCUUUCAUCAAAUAUUCAGUUUAUAAGUGAAAAAAAAAAAAUUUAGUUAUUAAUAAACUUAAAUACAAUUGUAUAAAUAAGUGUGUUAGUUUGUGUUAUUACAGCCAAAAAAUGGAAACUGGUUAUAAAUUUGUUAAAAAAAACACAAUUGAAUUCGAGUGGAAAAUAACUGAGGUUAGUAAUCGUAUGAAGAAGGCAGGUAAUUCAAUCGUAUAUCUAGAAUCUCCAACAUUCACAACAGGAUCUAGAAUUGGAGAUAAAUGGCGGAUUCGGUUACAUUUGGUUAAUUCUGGUAAAUUAGGAUCAAUUCCUGAUAUGACUAUUUAUUUGUCCAAUGCUCAUCACGAUUCCGUGACAGUUCACGCUGCAUUUUAUAUUUUGAAUAAUCAACAACAGAAACAUUUUCUUUUUGAAUAUGAAUUUAUGAUGCCCAAAAAUUUUUCUUUCGCGAGAGCUAUCAAGAGAGAAAAGCUAUCGAACUAUGAGCUUGAACUGCUAGUUAACGAUUCUUUGACAAUUCAUACCGAGAUUACUGUUAACGACGAUGCCAGGACAAUUCCAAUAAAAGAUUUCUGCUCAUCAAAUUUUGCGAAUCAAUUAGCAAACGAUUUAGAACAUUUUUACCAAAGCAAGAUCAACACCGAUGUCACUUUUAUUGUUGGAGACAAAAAAUUCCAGGCUCACAAAAUAAUCCUGAGUUCACGCAGCCCAGUUUUAGCAGCGAUGUUCACCCACGACAUGAUCGAGAAAAAAACUAGCCGAGUUUCGGUGGAAGAUAUCACCUCUGAAAUAUUUGAAAAAUUUUUGAAUUACAUGUACACUGACCGAGUAGCAAACUUGGACGACGUGGCUUUAGACCUGUUGAAGACUGCUGACAUGUACCAGAUUCAAUCUUUGAAAGAUAUUUGCGAGUCAUCACUCAUCAAGUCGUUCAAAUUGAAAAACUUUUUCGAAAUCGUGGAUUUAGCAGAUCGUUACCGUGCGGAAACUCUGAAAGAACAUGCUAUCAAAUAUGUUGUCGACGGAAAGCGAGAUGUUAUUAAUACUGAUGAAUUCAAACAGCUGGAAAAAAAUAAUCCAUCUUUGGCGUUGGAAUUACUUAAAAGAGUUGUUAUUCAAAAUACUAGUAGAGUUUCGACUUGUUCUAUCAUUGAUACAUUUCAUAUUUUAAUUGCUGGAGCUAUAAUUCUAAAGCUUAUUCGUUAAAAAUGUUGUUAAUAUAUUUUUAAGUUGAAAGU